UGUCGCCCAACUUGACAGGCAGACAGGCUAGUAGGUACGUACAUGUAAGCAACGAAUGUGGGCCCAAGGUACCGAAAUGACGUAGGGUACCUAACCUGGCAUAAUAUUUCCAGAUAUCAGUUUAUGUAAUCACGUGGAACUAAGAGACGGAGUACACCGGGCACACAAUUUCAUAAUACAGUUGAUCGGCGUUAAGGAAUAACCCCCAACAUCAGUCAUAUUAAAUUUAGAAAAAAAAAGGUUAUAAAAGAGCGCGGGGAAAAAGUUCGAAAUGGAUAGCCCGUAUUCGAAAGAGCUACAAGUUGCAAUUGCGGCCGUCCAAUCAGCAGCUAAACUCAGCCAGGCCGUCAUCUCAGUUGAGGACAAGGGAGUUAUCGAGAAAGAUGACCUUAGUCCCGUCACGGUAGCCGAUUUUGCCAUCCAAGCCCUAUUAACUGCCACUAUCCACCAUGCUUUCCCCGAUGACAAGUUCGUCGGGGAGGAGUCGGCAGCGGACUUACGCGCCAACCCUGUCCUGCUAGACCGUGUCUGGGGAUUACUCCAGCGACUUCAAGACGACCAGGCCAAGUCUCUCUGCAGGUUACCUGAUACCCCUGACCAAAUGUGCGAGAUGAUCGACUGGUGUGGUUUUGGAGAACCUGGUGGCUCGCAAGCUGGCCGAGUCUGGGUUUUUGACCCCAUUGACGGCACAAAAACUUUUGUUCGGCGCGAAGCAUACGCGAUAAACGUUGCGUUAUUACAAGGGAGCAGACAAGUCCUCGGCGUCGUUGGUUGUCCUACCAUUUCUGCCGACGCUGCAGCCCCUAUCUCAAAUACGUCCGUGGACCCGACGGGCCAGGGAUCCGUCGUGUUUGCCGUUAAAGGUCAUGGUACUUACAUUCGCCCGUUGGUGGCGUCAUCGCCCGACGAAGUUCGGGUCCGCAAGAUUGAGCCGCAUGCUAAGGACGAGUCGUCUCAGGCCUUGCGGCCGGUGUCUUGCUAUAACAUGCUAGACUCGGGGGUAGACGAUGUCCAUCAGUUGAUCAUGGACAAGCUGAACGUCGAAAGCAAAGGGUGCGACUUGCUCGCAUGGGUCCUCCGAUGGGUAACUCUCGGUAUCGGGCUUGCGAAUAUGACCGUCUGGAUUUACAAACAGCGAAGCCGGACGGGAAAGAUAUGGGAUCACGCAGGAGCCAUGCUCCUUUUUGAAGAAGUUGGUGGCAAGAUUACAGAUAUCGAUGGGAAACCUAUCGAUCUUAGCGUGGGAAGAACUAUGAGCGCCAACCACGGCUUCGUCGCUGCACCCGAGGCGCUCCAUGCUAAGGUACUGGACACCGUACAAACGGUAUUACGGGAGCAGGGCAAGGAACACUUGCUUGGUUAAGCUAAAAAAAAGUCAUAUAUCUACCAUUAGGUAUUAUUACCAAGUCUAUGAUCACGAAGUAGGUACCUUACCUUAUUGAGUUCGAGGUGUCUAGUGAGAUCAAUCUAGGUAACGCAGCCUUUUGAGGUUGUGGGUUCUCUUUUAUCUAUAAAAUCCCGUUCACAUCAUCGAUAGAGAAUCAAUUUUUCACAAACCCUUUAUAGGGUAAAUGUUUUUCUCCUCUAGGCAUCUUGAGUUAUUCCGCAUAAGAUACGACAACAGACUAACAAACAG